AUGUAUCCACAAUUAUCAUUAGCUACUGAAAUAUUUUUAUGUGCAGCAGUUAGUACAGCAACAGUAGAACGUGAUUUUAGUACAAGGAAUAGAAUAUUAACUGAUCUACGAUAUCGUGUAACAACAGAACAUUUAGAACAAUUAAUGAGAAUAUCAAUAGAAGAACCAUCUGAUUUAGAUAAUGAUCUAAAAGAUUUAAUUAUUGAUUGUUAG